UGAAUCGUCGCUAUUCAGCUGUCAAAACAAUAGCUCUCACGUGUAGUUGUGCGAAGCGCUAUGAACUGCUCUUGGUAAAUCUUAAAGAAUUCAAACAUUUCUUUUGCUGUUCAUAUAUUUACUGUAAAAAUUUAAAAAACCUCAUAACUAAACAUGUCUUCAUCUUUUUUUCUUAAAAAAGAACCAAAAGGAAAUAAAAAGCGCAAAGGCCAAAAUGUGGGAAGCGCCAGCAAAAAUAAAAAGCGGAAAGAUGUCUCGAUACCAACAACAACGAAGAAGCGACCUCAAAAAGAUGACGAGGAAAUUGCCAGCGAUGAUGAAGAAUAUGAAAGCGAUAUUGAUGGCAAUAAAAGUGCAUUAGUAUUCUCAUCGGACGAAGGCGAAGAAGAAACUGCUCAGGAUAAACGCUUACGUUUGGCAAAACAAUAUUUGGAGGAAAUAGAAAAACAGGAAGCAGAACGCGCUGAAGAACGCGAAAUGCAUGACCACGUAUCGAAGCGAUUACGUACAGAUUAUCUUGACAGUGUAGGACGAUUGCGACGUUGCAUUGCUGCUUCAAUUGCUGGUUACGAUGCUGAUAAUAUUAUAACCCUUAAACAUAAAUUACAACACCUACCAAUGUGUUCACUUGUGCUAUCAGCGGAUGGUAAAUAUCUUUUUACUGGAUCGAAAACGCAGCAUGUACUGAAGUGGGAUUUAAAUACGCUUAAAAUAGUGGGUAGCUUUAAUGUACAACCUUAUACAGAAGAUCCUGACAAUGGAAAAAGUCGACGUUCGCACAUUAUUGCUAUGUGUUUGUCCACCGACAUGAAAUAUCUAGCUUUAGCCGAAGGCGGCAAUAAUAUACAGAUUUGGUGCCCUCAGCAAUUGACACACUUGAAGACUUUUAAAGGCCACCGUGAUGUGGUGACUUCACUAGUAUUUCGUAAAGAUACACAUGAACUGUAUUCAGGUUCUAAGGAUCGCUCUGUUAAAAUUUGGUCGCUGGACGAAAUGGCUUACGUAGAGAGUUUAUUUGGACAUCAGGCUGGUGUGACUGGCAUAGAUGCGCUAAGUCGAGAACGCGCUGUAUCAUCAGGUGGUUCUGAUAAUUCGCUACGAGUUUGGAAAAUAACGGAGGAAUCCCAACUCAUUUACAACGCUCAUCAGAGCAGCAUAGAAAAUGUCAAGUUCAUAAAUGAUGAAAACUUCGUGUCUUGCGGUGUUGAUGGUUCACUUUGUGUAUGGAGUGCAAUGAAGAAAAGACCACUCUGCACGGUGCGUGAAGUGCAUGGCAAGCAAACCAAUUCCGAUGCCAACUGGAUAUGUGCUAUUAGCUGUGUAGUCAAUACAGACUUAAUUGCAUCAGGUUCCUGUGAUGGUUUCAUACGGCUGUGGCAGUCUAGUGACAAUGGCAAGAAACUGAAACAAAUUCUGGAAAUACCCAUGAAUGGCUUUGUAAAUAGUUUAGCAUUUAACAACGAUGGCACUAAAUUGUAUGCUGCCGUUGGCCAAGAACACCGACUGGGGCGAUGGUGGCGUGAUAAAGAGGCGAGAAAUAAAAUCGUUGUUAUUGACUUGUUAAAAAAAGAAGUAGAAAACUCUAGUUAA